AUGUGGAUCUUACCUAUUGUCGGAUAUCUGGGGGUUGCGGUCGGCUUUGGUUUCCUGACUACUGCUAUUGCUUCAGGAUUAUACUAUCUCUCCGAGCUCGUCGAAGAACACACGGUUAUGGCAAAGCGUUUCUUGACACGAAUGAUAUAUGCGAUUAUUGGGCUCCAGACCCUUCUAUGCGUAAUCGAUGGAUUUAGUUUUAAACUAAGCGUCAUGAGUAUUCUUUCUCAUUUGGUCUACUUGGGGAAUAUGAGGAAAUUCCCCGUAGUUCAUUUGAGUAAUCCUCUAUUCCUCAUCUCAUGCGUAAAUCACUAUCUCUGGUUCCGCCAUUUCGCAGCUGGUCCUAUUAGAACCCCUACUUCCAUUUACGAUACGUCCGGAUAUCCGGAUUUUACGCAAAUAGCUUCGUAUUUCGGGUUGUGUGUAUGGUUGACGCCGUUUGCACUUUUUGUGUCGUUGUCUGCGAGUGAUAAUGUGUUGCCGACGAUGGGGAGCGAGGAACCGAGUAUGCCGGAGGGAUCGGGGAAAGUAAAGGGGAAGAGAGAGGGAAUUGCGAAAGUUAUUAUUGAUUCGGUUAGGAAUGGGAUCGCGGAAUUGGGCAGGAUUGCUGGGUUCUGGAAGGAGGAUAGGGGGUUUUGA